AUGGCAAAAAGUGAAGCACAUGAUUUAGCCGAACAGAUGCUGAAAAAGGUGCACAUGGAACACAAGCUCGAUGAAUAUCCAGAACGACUAUCUGGUGGACAGCAACAGCGUGUUGCUAUCGCUCGGGCCUUGGCCCAACGCCCCAAACUGCUAUUGUUCGACGAGCCCACCUCUGCGCUUGAUCCGGAACUUGUAGGUGAAGUUUUAAACACGAUUCAGGAACUUGCGGCUGAAGGUCGCUCGAUGAUGCUCGUGACUCAUGAAAUCGCAUUUGCCCGAGAGGUUGCAGAUCGAAUUGUCUUUAUGGAUGAUGACGGUGGAAUUGCGGAACACGGUCCAGCAAAGCAGGUCAUCGACAAUCCGACACAUGAACGACUGAAAUCAUUUUUAGGACAGAUGCUGGACCGUCAUUGA